AUGGAAGAGAGCACUGGAAACACGAGCCCCGGUACUCAAUCGUCAAAUGGAGAUGCAGAACGACCCCCUCUGCCCCCAAGGCCGAGUGAGUGGAAUAUAAUGCGAUCCUCGGCGCCCACGGGCAAUGCUUCUCGUCCUCCGACACGAGCGGCCCUUGUUGGAGGAGCGACAACCGCGGUGUCGAUGACCGAUGUCAACAGCUAUACUCGACCCGAUGGGUCCAAAGAACUGCGAGUCACGCCGUCUCGCGUGCCAUCAACUCCCUCAAUCCGAGCGACCACAAGUAACCGAACAAGCGAUGUCGGCGAGGAUAGUUCCAGCGUUAGGAGUUACGCUCCUUUCGGCCGCUACAUACAGGAUACUGAAAGCAUAUUCGAUGGCGAGCUGCAAGCAGACCAGGGGCUUUCCUCCUCAUUUGGCGAGGGCUUGUUCGAAGAAGGCGCGGAAGGAUUAAACGAUGAAGAGGACGUUGAUUUUGACAAGGAAUUUGAGGAUCUCGAUGAGAAGGCUGUCGGGGAAGAACUUGCCCAUUCUCUCUGGAAGUCCAAGCGAAAGCACUUCAUUAUUCUUUCUGCUGCUGGCAAGCCCAUCUACACCCGCCAUGGCUCGGAUGCUGUCAUCUCGUCUUACGUGGGCAUUAUUCAGACGAUCAUAUCCACGUACCAAGAAUGGGACGACCAAUUACGCAGCUUCCGUGCUGACGAAGUUCUGUUUGCCGUACUUUCACAGUCAAAUUUGUUCCUCGUGGGCAUUACAAGUCUUCCUGAGAGCGAGGCCCAGCUGCGUGUUCAACUGGAGGCGUUGUACAUGCAAAUUCUGUCUACUCUGACAUUGCCCACCUUAACACAUUUGUUUUCCGUGCGUCCUUCCACUGAUCUCAGACGUCCAUUGCAAGGCACAGAGGUACUGCUGUCUUCGCUGGCCGACACUUUUACAAAGGGGUCACCCUCAGCCUUGCUAUCCGCGCUCGAAUGCUUGAAGAUCAGAAAGUCGCAUCGGAAUGUGAUCAACCAAACCAUGAUCAGAGCUCGAGUGGACGACCUUCUGUAUGGCCUCAUUGUGGCCGGAGGGAGGCUGGUCAGUGUCAUCCGUCCCAAAAAGCAUUCUCUCCAUCCGAGCGAUCUCCAAUUGAUCUUCAACAUGAUAUUCGAGGCUGAAGGGAUCAAAGCUGGGGGUGGAGACUCCUGGGUUCCAAUCUGCCUUCCAGGCUUCAACAAGACCGGCUACCUUUACAUGUAUGUGAGCUUCCUAGACAUGGGGGGUGACCACGCGCGAGAAAUGGCCGAGAACGAACGCAUAGCCAAGGAGGACUCAGUCGCCAUUAUUUUGCUGAGCGCGAACAAGGAGAGCUUUGAGGAUCUCCACAGCAUGAAGAAUUAUCUUGUCCAUGAGUUCCGCCGGAACCAGAGCAUGCAUAUCAUCCAUACUGCAGUUCAAGCAGGUCGACCGACGCCCACGGAUAUUAUUGCCGGAACUGUGCUCCGCCAUUUUCUGUACAAGUCUAAGGGGAAUGUUCAGUUCUUCAUGCCCUCGUACUCGCCGAACUUCGAGACCUUGAAGCAGCGAAGACGUCUGAUGUCGUUAUACCACAAGCUACACGCCAGUGUCCACGCGAAACAUGCAGCAGUCAAGGUACACCACAGCGUCAGUACAUCCGCGACCGCCCUGGCUUGGGUGACGCCAAUGUUUGAGCUCUACUGCGUAGCUAGUCCUUCAACAUCGAGGAAUGCUCUUGCUCAGAGUGCCAACAAGGUGUUACAAUGGGUUCAGAGAGAAGAGGAGCGAAUAUUUAUCAUAGGCGGGGCUGUAUUUUAA